AUGCGUCUUCUGAGCCUGCUCACUGUCUGCUGGCUGUUGCCGACUCCUCGCGGCUCGAACAGCUUCCAAACGGCGCCAAGCCCCUCAUUUUGGCCUUCUUUCCAGAAACAACAUUUGCAUUCUGCUUCUCUGAGACACAACGGGCUGCGUUGCCCCCCCCGCGGCGCCGCGAGCACCAGCAGCCCGCCAGCAGACGGCGAAGCCAGCGCCGCCUUCCUGCAGCUCAAAGAGUGGCUGGCUGCGCACGGCGGCACUGUGGACGUCCAGGGGCUGGCCCUGCAGUCCCACUUCGAAGCAGAGUCCAACAGCUUCGCCUGCGCAGCGGGCUUUGCUGCGCAGCAGCGGCUGCUGUGUCUUCGCCGCUACGAACGCGGCGAGCUGAUCGCCAGCGUGCCGCCGCAGCUGCAGUUCAGCAGCGCCGCCCUCAAGGCCGUCGCAGGCCUUCUGCUCGAAGAGCUGCCCGCGGCGGCGGGCGGGGCUGCAGAGCAGCAGCAGCAGCAGCAGCAGCAGCAGCAGCAGCAGCUGGGUCUGGGGGAAACUUGGGCUGGGAAGCUGCGUCUGGCGCAGCUGCUGGCUCUGUUUCAAGAGCUGCGGAAGGCCGGCCUGGUGCCGGGGGCCCCGCAAGCCCCGCCCAGCGCGAAGGGGCCCCCAGAGGCCCCCCUGCUCUCUGGCUGGGGCCUCUACCUGCGGCUGCUGCCGCCCCCCCGCAAGUCCAUUCCGCUCUUCUGGACUGCUGAGGAGCUGCGCGCUCUGCAGCACCCCAUAGCCCAGGCCGCCGUGGCCCGCCUGCACGGAUUAUCGUGCACGUUUUCCCUGUGGGGCCCCGCGCUGCGCCGCUGCCUCCGGGCCCGCAGGCCCGCGGCGCUGCUGCAGCGCUCGCAGCUCUUCCAGCAGCUCCUCGAGGCCUUCGCAACUGUGGCCGCUCGCUCCGUCAAAUUGCCUUCGGGGGACUUCGCCUUCAUUCCCCUCCUCGACUGCUGCAGCCACUCCCCCGAGGCCGCCAACGCCACCCUCAGGUUUGCUGCGCCCGCCCGCGGCUCCGCGGGGCCCCCCCAGGCCCAUGCAGCUCCGGGGGGGCCCCCGGGGGCCCCCCUGGGGGCCCCCCUGGCAGCCCCCUCAGGGGGGCCCUCGGGGGCCUCCGAGGGGGGUUCCACGGGGGCCCCCGAGGGGGCCCCCACGGGGGAUUCCACGGGGGCCCCCGAGGGGGCCCCUGAGGGGGCCCCCCCGGGGGCCCCCCUUGGGGCAAGUGGCGUGUCUGUAGAGCUGGUGGCUGCCCGUGACAUUGCUGCUGGAGAGGAGAUAAAAGUUUCCUUCGGGAGUUUCGACAACCCCACGCUGCUGCUUAACUACGGACUGCUUCCUGCGAAAAACCCCCACGAGAAGGUCUCAGUGGAAUUUACCCCUCAACGCGUGUACUCUGCGCUGCGCGCUGUGGGCGCGGAAGUGCUGCUGCUGAUGGAUGACUUCAGCUUUUUGGGCCAAACUGCAGUCCAGGAAUUAACUAAGAUGGGACUGGCACUCCCGAGGUUUUCAGAUGUGAAGACUUGCGGGGCCCCCCAAGUCAAGUACAACCCUUUCGUGACAGUUAAAGAAGACUUGGGGCCUGACGAGCGGCUCCUAAGGGCAGCGAAGGUAAUUACGGAAAACGCAAUUUUCGAGGACUCAUCAGCAGAAGGGGAGAACAGCGGAUCGGCAUGCGCUUCCAAGAGAGCGAUGGGCUUUGUGGUUUCCUUCCUACAGCACGCUGUGUUUGAACAGUUCAGCACAACAGAAGAGGAAGACUUGAAAAUUCUGCGUGAUAAACAAAUUAUAAAGCGGGAGGGCAAAUUUGGUUUGGAAGAAGUAAAGCAGUUAACCCAUGGGAUGGAAGUAGCGAUCCGUUUUCGGGCGCGCAGGAGGAGCGUGUUGUGCAGAGCGAUUGCUUCAAUAAAGCAACGAAUGGAAGAAAAAAGCCCUACAGAUUUGACAAAAGGGAAUUCAAUUUAA